CCUGUGUUGCCAUGGGAACGGUAAACUCCGGCCGGUAGCAGCCAGGGGAGAGCCGGUACCGCGGUGCUACAGUAAGUCUGUGCCUGGGGAUUGGCUGUAGGGGUAAAAGCAUAUACAGUUCCACAACUCACUGCCCAUUGGCUCAGCAAGAUGAUUGAGGCCCCUCCCAGUGUAAGAGGUUUGGUGCCGGCGCCGUUACCAGUGGGGCAAAGAAACCCGGCCGCCGACCCCAGAAGGAUGCGCAGAAUUAUUGCAGAAGAUCCAACAUGGUCGUUGGCCAUUGUCCCCCUGCUCAGCGACCUCUGCCUGCAGCACAUCGUCACGAACUUUGCACAGAGACCCACCCUGGAGCGACUGCUGCCGAAGCACCGAGUGAAGGUGUUGGAGCGCCUCUCCCCCUCGCUGCCCCUGCAGGUAACGGCCAAUCUGAUUGGCUAUGAGCAGUACUGGAGGCGGUGCUGCACAGCCCGCUGGCCCGUGUGUGACAUCUCCAGCUACGGGGGCAGUUGGAAGAGACUGUUCUUCGAGAGGAACCUGGAACAUCUCAUUGAGCGCUUCAUUCCCGACGUGUCCGACACCGACCCGGUUCUGGAGGCCGCCGAGCUCAGCCGGGACUUUGUGAAGAAACUGGAUAUCAAGGAGCUUCUGCCCCCCGUCAAGCUGGAAACCAAGAAGGACGCGGAGGAAGACGAGCUUUCCGACACAGGGAGCGAGGCCGGCAUAGACCUGCCAUCCAUGGACCACUUCGACUUGGGGCUCGUAGCCCCUCUCCUGCCCGGCUUGGAAGAGCUCCACCUGGUGUAUGGAGUCAGGAACUGCGGCAUGAACUUCGAGUGGAACCUGUUCCGCUUUACUGAUCGGGACUGUAACUCGCUGGCCCAGGCGCUCCGGGUGUUCAGGAAUCUAAAGGUUUUCCGACUGCACAAGAGUAAAGUGGAUGACGACAAGGCUUGUGUUCUAGUCAGAAGUUUGCUGAACCACCCGGCUCUGGUCCAUUUGGACCUGUCUCACAACCAGGUCUCAGACCGAGGCGCUAGAGCCAUUGCUAAACUGCUGAAGGAGAGUGCACUGCGGGUUCUCGAUCUGAGCAAUAACAACGUGGGUGCCCACGGGGCCCAAGCCUUAGCCCAUGCCCUGACCAACAACUGGACCCUCCGGAACCUCAGCUUAAGGCUGAACCACGUUGGGAAUGAGGGGGGGCAGGCCCUGUGCAAUGCCCUCCUACCCAACCAGACCCUACAAGAACUGCACUUGGGCAGCAAUGAACUGUCUGAGCCGACUGCCUCCGCCUUGUCCCAAGCGCUGACCCACAAUGGCUCCCUGAGGCGCCUGAGCCUCGCCUGCAACCGCAUCGGCCCGGAUGGGGGGAAGCAGCUGCUGGAGGGGAUGUCGGACAACGAGACGCUGCUGGAGUUGGACCUGCGCCUGACUGAGAUUGGGCAGGAGAGCGAGUUUUUCAUCAAUCAGGUGCUAAAGAAUAACCGAGAGCGCGCCCAGGGGGAGGAGCAUAACAGACCCCUAAGCUCCUCCUAGUGUUCUUGUACUUUGGACCCAAGUGCCCCCCAAACCUUCAGUUCUUCUCAGAUUCACUGUUUCCCAAUAAAUGUAACUGUGAUCUCUGCUGUCUCUUUUGGCCCCUCCCCCUGCGCCCACUCACCGCCUUGUGUCUUGGUUCUUACUGGGUGCCAUAUGUGCCAAUCAAUCUGUAAGGUGGGGCCUGAGCCUUGGUUUGUGCCCGGUGCUGCUCCAAUCAGGACCUGCUCCUAUAGCAAAGACUUGUGCUGGGGGGAGGAGCUCCAGGUGUGCCCAGAAUGGGUGCCAGUAUUGCCCACUGACUGCAGCCAAUGAGCUUCUGUUGUACCUACCUGGCUCCGCCCCCGUGGUUACCCUUAAUGGCACAAACCCUUAGACACAUGAACCCCGUUUCUUGUUCCAGUACAUUGGGGGGUUUCCCUAUGUUUGUACAGUUGCCGGAUACUCCCCAAAUUACAUGAUUAAAUAUCAAAUUUAAAGGGGAAGUAUUGUGGGAAAAACAAUAUUGUGCCAAUGAAUUGUACUGAGCUAAAUACAGAAGGGGUGGGCUUUAUA